AUGAAAUUGAGAGCUUUGGAUCUUUCGGAGUAUGUUGGUCUCUCUCACAUUAAACUAACGGGAGAGUUUCCAAGUUGGUUGCUGGAAAACAAUACAGAACUAGAAGCCCUUGAACUUGGCAAUAACUCUCUAUCGGGGCAUGUUCGAUUGCCAUUUCAUUCAUCCAUGAACUUGGAUAUCUCCAACAAUGUCUUUGAGGGCCACAUUCCAGUAGAAAUUGGAGCAUAUCUGCCACAGUUGCGAUUUCUAUACGUUUCAUGAAAUUCUUUUAAUGGUAGCAUUCCCUCUUCAAUUGGUGACAUGAAGUUCUUGGAAGAAUUGGACUUAUCCAACAACAGUUUGACCGGCGUAAUACCUGAGCCUCUUUCCAUGAGUUGCUCCUCCUUAAAAGUCCUGGUUUUAUCAAACAAUAGCUUGGAGGGCCAAAUAUUCUCUGCAAAUUUCAAUUUAACUGAAUUGAGGUAUCUAAGAUUGGAUGGUAAUCACUUCACUGGAAUGAUCCCAAACAGCUUGUCAAGCUGCUCAAUCCUGUCAACAAUCGACAUCAGUCUUAACCAUCUUUCUGGUAAAAUCCCAAGGUGGAUGAGGAAUCUGUCAAAUUUGCAAGAAAUAAUCCUGGCCAAUAAUCAUAUUGAGGGUCGCAUCCCAGUGGAGUUUUGUCAACUUCACAUGCUAGGAAUUUUGGAUCCUUCUAUGAACAAUAUAUCUGGCACACUACCUCCUUGCUUCGACCCACCAUGGAUUAACCAUGUUCAUUUGUCUAAAAAUGGACUUCGAGGACAAAUACCAGACAAACUUUGCGAGAGCUCUAACCUGGUGACGAUGGAUCUCAGCAAUAACCAUUUGACUGGCAAUAUCCCAAAUUGCAUUGGCAAGCUUUCUAACUUGAGUUAUCUUGUCUUGAGCUACAAUAAUCUUGAAGGUGAGAUCCCAAUUCAGCUUUCACAUAAUAAUCUUUCCGGUCAUAUCCCUCAUUGCUUGAACGUUACCCCACAUGAGGAAACAACUAAAGAUUCUGUUUAUGAAUAUAAUCGUCGACAUGGUAGGUAUAUGAAUUCUUCAGACAUUUCUCACAUAUCAUUUCCCACAGAAGAACCAAUACAAUUAACAACAAAGAGCAUAUCCUACUCCUACAAGGGAAGAAUCUUGGCAUACUUGUGUGGAAUCGAUCUCUCCUACAACAAAUUGACGGGUGAAAUUCCUCAUGAAAUGGGAAACUUCCAUGAGAUUGUUAUGUUAAACUUAUCUCGUAACAGUUUGAGAGGAUCAAUCCCACCAUCGUUUUCUAAUCUCAAGAACAUUGAGAGUUUAGAUCUUUCUUACAACAAUUUGAGUGGGAGUAUCCCUCUUCAAUUUGUUGACUUGUCUUUCCUGGCUUCUUUCAAUGUGUCAUACAACAAUUUAUCUGGAAAACCACCUCCAAGGACAAAUCAGUUUGCAAGUGAUUUUGACGAGAACAGCUACUGGGGAAAUCCUUUUCUUUGUGGGAAGCCGCUGCCUAAAAAUUGUUCAACAAUUGAAGUAUCAUCAAACUCAACUGAAGAUGGAGAAGAUGUUGGUUUAAUUGAUGUCACAUCCUUUUACGUGACUUUCACCGUGUCUUUCAUAAUUGUUUUAUUGAGUAUUGCCGUGGUUUUAUACAUCAAUCCUUACAGGAGAGGAGCAUGGUUCUAUCUUGUAGAAAAAUGCAUCAAAUCUUGCUUCUAUUUUGUUGUGGGCAAUCUUCCCAAACUAUUUGGUUGUCGUAACAUGUAA